UGUGAGGUAAGUGUCACACCCUGACAAUACAAACAAUUACCUACCUACGUUCAUACAGUACCUCCCCGUUCAACAAAGGGUAUUUUAAAGACAGGACACAGAGAGCCAGAGCAGCUGAUUAGGAUGGACUCGUGGUGGGCAUUGUGUGCUGUGGUAGUAGCGUUGACAUGCAUUGGAAAAGGUGGCCAUGCACAGUUGGAUGUGUGCGGCACAGCUCCUCUCAACACAAAGAUCGUGGGGGGUCAUAAUGCAGUGGCAGGGAGCUGGCCAUGGCAGGCCAGUCUGCACAGAUCCAACAUCCAUUUUUGUGGAGGCUCCCUUAUCAGCAAAGACUGGGUCCUGACUGCUGCUCACUGCUUCGCCAGCACCAGCACUUCUGGCCUGCUUGUCUACCUGGGCCGGCAAAAUCAGAAAAGCAUCAACCCCAACGAGGUGUCCCAAACGGUCUCUCAGAUCAUCCGCCACCCCAACUACAACAGUGCAACCCAUGACAAUGACAUAUGUCUGCUGAAGCUCUCGUCAUCUGUCACCUUCACUAACUACGUUCGGCCGGUCUGCCUGACAGCAGGGAGCAGCACAUACUACAAUGGAACUACUAGCUGGGUCACUGGUUGGGGCAAUAUCAAUAGUGGAGUGUCCCUGCCCUCACCCCAGACCCUACAGGAGGUGGAGCAGCCAAUAGUGGGGAACAGGAAGUGUACCUGUCUCUAUGCUGGAGUGGGUUCAAUCACAGGCAACAUGAUCUGUGCUGGUCUAUUGGCGGGAGGAAAGGGUUCCUGUCAGGUUGAAUGGUUGCAAGAACAAAGCCCGACACCUCUAAUUAUAUUUGCUGACACGCUGCAGUCAAAUUUUGGCAGCUAUCUAAACAACGCCCCACCUUCUGCGAUGACCGUUACAAGGCGGCACAUAAUGAAAUUAGGGAGACUCAGGGGGGCCGCUAGUGAGCAAAUCGGGCUCAGUCUGGAUCCAGUCUGGUGUUGUGAGUUUCGGAGUAAGCUGUGCUAAACCAAAUUUUCCAGGAGUGUAUGCCAGAGUGUCCCAGUACCAGGCCUGGAUCAAGAGCCAGAUCAGCACUGACCAACCAGGCUUCGUCACCUUCUCCUCCAGUGGGAAUAACUCUGACCUCACUGUCACCUGUGCCGCACUGUCCGGUGGGGCCACACACCUCCUCUCCUUCUCCCUCUCCCUCCUCCUCUCCCUCUCUCCUAUUCUCCUUUCUUUUUAUCUUUUCUUAUAGGACAUACACUGAAAGCGGACUCUAUGUCCGCUACACUUCUCAUUGUAUGUGAAAAGCACUGUAAUAGUAUGUUAAAACUGUCAACAAUAAGUGACUGGUUUCAUUCAAUAUGAAUAUGAAUCUACUGAAUCUACUGAAUCUACUGAAUCUACUGGAUCUACUAAUAUUUUCUUCUUGUGAUGUAAGUAAUUAAGUUGGAGAGCAAAUGUAAUUGUGUUAUGCUAUAGGAUUACAUUUGGUUGAUUAUCAGACCUCAGUUCAUGAUUGUUAAGAGAGUAACACAUAGACAUCACACGUGAUGAUUAAAUGGAAACCAAUUUUUAUUAUUA